AUGUCAAGAUUGUUGCAGUACGGUUGUGCUCUGCUCGCGUUUGGUGUCUGCUGGUUGAUCCAGAGGCGGCUGAGCCGACGCCGCUACGACUUGGAUAAGUUGCCGUUCGUCAGAUUUGAAGAAAACGACACGCCGGAGAGAUAUGUGGCAGACUCCAGGAGCGUUCUACACAGCGGCUACGUCCAAUACCUCAAGAAUGGCAUCCCCUUCCGCAUGAGAAACCCUGUGGAUCCAGAUCACCCACAGGUCAUACUCCCCUUCAAAUAUCUCAAUGAGGUCAAGAUGGCGCCGGAGAGCGUAAUGAGCUUCCAGCGUUUUUCGAGGCAGGCGUUCCUACUGGAUUACAUCAAUGCGCCCAAGCCUACAGCCAUGGCUCCUCACAUAGUCCGUGGAGAUCUCAACAAGCACCUGGGUAGUUAUUAA